GGGACAGCCCAGCUUCUUCCCGGCAUGCCCUGCUCCCAGGAGCCGCCUGCAGGUCCCGCACCCAGACUUUGCCAUCAGCAGGGGGACGGCCGCGGGAGCGCCUGGGAAUGCAUCCUGCCAUCGCAGCCUGAGCUUCAGCUGGUGCAGGGGAUGUGACCGGGACCAAGGGAGCCGCGAGCAGCAUGGAGACCGUGGUCAUUGUUGCCAUAGGUGUGCUGGCCACCAUCUUUCUGGCUUCGUUUGCAGCCUUGGUGGUGGUUUGCAGGCAGCGCUACUGCCGGCCUCGGGACCUGCUGCAGCUCUAUGAUUCCAAGCCCAUCGUGGAUCUCAUUGGAGCCAUGGAGACCCAGUCUGAGCCAUCUGAAUUGGAACUAGAUGAUGUCGUCAUCACCAACCCCCACAUUGAGGCCAUUCUCGAAAAUGAAGACUGGGUUGAAGAUGCUUCGGGUCUCAUGUCCCACUGCAUUGCCAUCUUGAAGAUCUGUCACACUUUGACAGAAAAACUUGUUGCCAUGACGAUGGGCUCAGGGGCCAAGAUGAAGAAUUCAGCCAGUGUCAGUGACAUCAUCGUGGUGGCCAAGCGGAUCAGCCCCAGAGUGGAUGAUGUUGUGAAGUCGAUGUUCCCUCCACUGGACCCGAAGCUCCUGGAUGCACGGACAACUGCCCUGCUCCUGUCUGUCAGUCAUCUGGUGCUGGUGACCAGGAAUGCCUGCCACCUGACCGGGGGCCUGGACUGGAUCGACCAGUCUCUGUCAGCUGCGGAGGAGCACUUGGAAGUCCUUCGAGAAGCGGCCCUGGCUUCUGAGCCAGAUAAGGGCCUCCCGGGCCCCGAAGGCUUCCUGCAGGAGCAGUCGGCCAUUUAGAGCCUGCUGGCCAGCAGCUGACCACAAGGGCCAGCCUGCCGCCGUCUGUGGGUGGCGCAGCUGGGCCUCCUCCUUUCUGUAUUUAGUUGCUCUACACGGCUUGGGAGCGCACUGUGCGGAGCAGAGCGGGAGAGCCUGUGAGUGGAGGCCUCUGCUGCAGUUGCGAUGCUGGCUGGUGAGUGGCAGUGUAACACCACAGUUAGGGGAGACGUCACCCUCUGUGCGCCAGACCUUUGAGGCCUGAUGGACUCUAAUCUUCGUUUGGCUCACCGAGUGCUUUCAGGAAAGUGGAGCCACCGUCUAAGAAUCGGGAGGUUUCACAUGACAAUCAGCCUGUCUGGCUUUCUGGAACAAUCAGAAGGUGAGGCAACUCUGAUCCGCACUUUCAAAAGAGGACAAUCAAUUGGAACUAAGUAGGAGUCACCUCCUCUAACAAGGCUUGUACUCUCUCACCUGGCCCGUUUCAUGUAU